AUGGCUGAUGAUAUCCGGCGUCUGUCCAAACAAGAGCGUAUGCUGUGGAGUUUGCUGGAGAAUAUGGAUGAUUUUCUUCAUGAAUACGUCGAAGGCCGGGACCAGGGGGAACUUCAACCACGACUGGCAAAAUUAGACGAGGCUUACACCAGAUUCUCUGACCUGCGCAUCCAGAUCGAAAUUAUCUUGGAGGACCUUGACGGGGAAAAUGACGACGACGAUAGCAAGGUUCGCGUGGAACGCAAGGAAUCCAGGAAGGAAGAAAAUAAAGAGUUAUUCAAGGAAUUUGUGAAUCGGUACUUUUCGAUAAAACAACAGCUGCUUUCAAAAAUGGAAUCGAUCCCUACUCAACCUGUUCACCCGAUAUCCUCCAUUCCUAACCCAGUAUUACCGUGUCACACGAAGUAUCCUGAGCUGACGUUGCCAACUUUCACUGGAAAGCUUUCAGACUGGAUUAACUUUCGCGACAAUUUUCGAUCCUUGAUUCAUGACAACCCACAGCUUAAUGACAUGGACAAAUUCAAUUACCUCCGUACGUCGUUGAGAAAUGAUGCACUCCUCCAGAUUAAUCAGAUCCAGGUAGCAGCAAUGAAUUAUGGACUGGCUUGGAACACAUUGCAAACUAAAUACGAGAACCACAAACUGAUAGCCCAAGAGCAUAUGAAAGAAAUUUUUGCUGCACCUGUAAUGCAAACGGAAAGCUUUGAAGGGUUAAACACACUAUUAACGACAUUCAAAACUAACCUCCAACAAUUGGAGAAGCUUGGCCAGCGCACUAGUGAUUGGAGCACACUAUUGGCAUUCGUGCUCUCACAGAAAUUGAACAGCGAAACAUAUCGUCUAUGGGAAACAUACCACGCCUCCAAAAACGUACCCACUUACGAAGCCAUGGUUGUGUUUUUGGAGACCCAAUGUUCUAUUCUGCAAUCAACUGCCAAUCGACGUGAAAAUGAUGUCCAACGAAACAUCGAAGGAGCAUCCUUUAGUCACAGCACGAUUGCUUUAGAGAGAUUGUGCCCUGUUUGCAGAAAUGGACCACACCAAAUCGAGAGCUGCUCAAGAUUCGGCAGGAUGAGAGUUAUUGAUCGGAAGGAGUUAGUGCGAAGAUUGAGACUUUGCUUUAAUUGUUUGGAUAAUGGACAUUUUGUCUUAGAUUGUACCCGCAGAUCCUGCUCAAAAUGUGAACAGCGUCAUCACUAUUUAUUGCACCCGUAUUCUCCCAAUCGAAGCAGUCAGUCGAGUAUAACCAACUAUCCUCAAGUCCCACGAAGACCUCAACGCGCGAACAGUGAAUCAAGAAGUGAACCCUACACGCAACACGAUCAGUCCCGAACGAACAACUACGAACAUUCUCAAAAUAACUCCCAAUCUACACAACAGCCACCUCCCACAAACACGCCAACAGUUAGUCACCACACUGCUACUGUACUUAGUACGCAACCACACGCCCACACUGCUAUCCUGUCGACAGCCAUUGUCAUGCUAGCUGACAGCAGCGGCAACACCGUUUUAGCUCGUGCGUUGUUAGAUAAUGGGUCUCAGAUCUGCUUGAUGACUAAGGAAUUAUCCCAGAAGCUUAAGUUUGAGCGCUUCCAAGAAAACCUUUCCGUAAAAGGUGUAGGAGGGUCCACAAAUGUAUCGAAGGUGUCUGUCCUUGCUCGGAUUGUGUCUUGUUCAUCCUCUUUUACUUUUGCCGAGAGGAAAUUCUAUGUGCUGUCUCAAAUAACGUUAGAUUUGCCUCAACGAAGUAUCGAUGUUAGCUCAUGGAAACUGCCGCCUUCAAUCUCUCUAGCUGAUCCUGAUUUCUACAAAUCAAGCUCCGUUGAUCUUGUGAUAGGCGUGUCAACGUUCUACGAUGUAUUGUUACCGAACCAGAUGAGAAUUGGUGAUGACGGGCCUAUCCUACAGAACUCGCAUCUAGGGUGGAUUGUCGCAGGAGAGCUACCGGAAACAACUGUAAUGUCAUACAGCGCAAUGACACCUACGGAUUCUCCAGAUGAACCAGCGAAGGAUAUGGUUUCAUGCAUGUUCAACACCGUAACCCUAAGAUGCCCAAGACGGUUCAUCCAAGAUGUGGUCUAUUAUAACGAUUCAUCGAACCUGCGAUACUACUAUCUAGAAGACGGCACCACAGAUUCUCGUACCACUGCUCGACUAUCGGAACAUCACACAAGUAUUUUCAGCCCCUACAAGGGGUACGCUAAGGGUCUUAACGAGCUUCGUCGUUCGUUGAUGCCUGGGGGCCUCAACUCAAAUACAUGUUUCCUGUGA